AUGCUGGCCCUGCUGCUCACCCUCGUGCUCAACCACUCCGUCAUGGCCGUGGGAGCCGACCGCGACGACGUCGACGCCGACUUCGACCUGGGCUAUGCUAUUCUUCUUGGAGGACUGCUCAUUCUCCUCGUCUACCAGCUGAUCCCGAGGCCUCAGCGCAAGAUCAGCUACGAGGAGCAGGAGGAUAUUGAGGAGCAAGAGAAAAUCAACGACCCGGUGCCUCAGAACAGCGCCGAGGCGGACAAGGAUCCCGAUGAAGAUCUUCUACAUGCCGAGAAUGGGAAGGAGGAGAACGAGAAGGCCGACGAGAACCUCGAGAAUGAUCUGCUAAAGGCCGAAUCCCGGGAGGAGAAGAACGAGGUGGCGGACGAGAACCCGGAGAAAACACUUCUGCAGUCCGAAUAUCGCGAACCUUUGCGUGCCAUGCUCGCCAACCUGUCCACGAAGAACGUCACACCGCUGGAGAUGACCUCAUGCAUCGGCGGCAUCUGGGAGAUCCUAAUUAAUCUCCCUGGCAAAGAGCUCAAGGAAGCCAUCGACAAGAAGGCGACCACGCUAGACCAUCUCGAAGGCCUGUGCCGCCAAGUUGCCGCAGAAUUCGCGGGCCCUCUGGUGUCGUUGAUCAACGAGCAGUUGCUGAACUGGGUGCCGAAGGGCUACGAGAGCGACGCGCUGACGACCGAGGAGCUGCUGCAGUCGAUCAUCUCCAUGGAACUCACCCGAAAAGCCAUGAGCUGCGUGCCGGACCCGUACCUGGAUGGCCGGAUGGCGCAGUGCACCUACCGGUGGGCUGAGUCUGCCACGGCUGAGGGCCGGCUCGACGGGUGGGAGACGACCAUUGAGCAAUACCUUGCCGACCUCGCCGAGGAGGCCAUCGACCGCCUCUCUGAUCUCUGCUCCGGCGAGGGUCCGGCUGUACCAGACGCCUCGACGCAAGAUGAGCAGGCCAUGCUCAAAGCCUUCGCGGAAGGUGUGCUGCGUGACUUUCGCUGC